AGAAAGUAUUUUUGUACCAUUUACACUAGACGUAGUUCAACUUGAAUUAUUAGGAAAUAAAUUUUGUAUACUGUUUUUUUGUCUUUUUGAUCAAAUAAGUCGUUGAUUUCCGAAACUUGACCUAUUGAAUAGCAACGUGAUGCCGCAUCCUGUUCGUGGUAACAAAGCUUCCUUGCUGAGGGCCACUGGAAAGGUGGAAAAGCCAGCCCCUAGCACUGCCACUUGGUCCCGCACUACCACACGUGGUGGUGUCUUCUCCACACCUCCCCUUCUCAAUGGCGACGAGAGUUUGGCCAGAAGCUACACGGCAAGUCGCAUUCCAGUCAGCUGCAGAACGAGUCCACGCAAGUCGGCUGCCCCAUCGCGGAACACUUCCCCGGCGCGGGUUAAUCCUGCGAGGAGAGCUCUCCCGUGCAUCAGUGUGUGCUCAUUGCCAAAUCGACGGGUCGAGCCGGAGCCAAAAGUGGCCGAGAGCGAUCGGAAAUCUGUGGCUGAUGAGGUGACUCCCAAGCGGACCGUGGUUGCAGCGCAGACAAGCGUGCCCAAGCAAAUCCCAAAGACUGAUAAGAAGUCGCAUCGCCGGGUCCUGGAGCUGAACAAGGUGCGGGUCUUUGAGGCGCAGAAACAGAAACUGGAGUCCUUGCAGUCCGAGUUUAUGGACAAGAUCCGGUUCAUGGGUCCGGAGAUCCGGAAUCAAGGGGUCUUCAAGUUUGUGGCACUGGCCGUUAACGAUGAAUGCAAGGUCGUGGUCCAAAAUGAUGAUCUGCUUCGAUUGCCCAAGAAUAUUCCCACCGAAAGUAUCGGUGACUUGAAGAACCGGUGUCGUGCGAUUGUAGAUCAGGGAUUUCUGAUGAUCUAUGACCAUCUACCGAACAUUCAGAGGGCCAAAACUGAUUUCGAGGCUGCUGAGAGGCGCGAGGAAAUUCGAUGCAAGUUAGCUGCGUUACUGAACCGAAAAAUGAGUUCGAUUGUCGAGGAGAUCGACGAGCUGUGCGGUCCAGGCUCCAAUAAGUCCGAUUCACCCAACAAAACGCUCUACCGCGAGUUGGCUGAGCUGCGAUCCCAGAAGCAGGUGAUGGAGAGUCGUUACUUUGACGCCAAGAAGGAGCACAAUGACCAGAUGAACCAAUUGCGCACCGAGAACGACGCCAAGCUGGAACAGCAGCUGGCCAGUCGGGAUCUGGCCAUCGCGGAGCUGAGGAAGAGCCUGCGGCGAACCGAGGAGGUGGUCAGCGAGCAGUCCAUGCGAUUGGCCGAGAAGAACUCCAAGCUGGUGACCGAGGAUUCCACCAUCGAGGGGCUACGUUCCGAGGUAUCCAAGCUGAAGAGCACAAAUCAGCGCCUGAUUCAUCGCCUGGAAGAGGCGGAUAUGGGCCUGGAGCGUGCCCGUAACUCCGUCGAUAAGAAUCUGGGGCAGAUCACCUACCUAGAGGGAGAACUAACCGAGGCCCGGGAGCUCAUCGUCCAUCUGCAGAAGCGUCCGGACGUCAUGGACAAGGGCAUCAUGGAGAAGGACCUCAUCAUCGCCGAUCUGAAGCUGCAGCUGCAGAAUCUCGAGCAGCACAAGAAUGUCCUGAACAAGCAGGUGGCCAAUGCACUGAAGCAGCACGCCGACUUCGAAGAUCUGAGUGCAAACUAUAAGAACGCCUUAGGGCAGAUAAGCGACCUAAAGGAGGCUCUGAAUGCUACCAAUGCCAAACUGGAUCAAUCCGGAGUCGAGCAGCAGUUGCGGCAGGAGGUGACCAAGCUGCAACAGCAAACGGAGCUCGAUCAUAAGAUGCUCGCAGCUCGCACCGAAGUGAUCUCGACACUGCAGAAGAACGAGCAGGAUAACCGCUCCAAACUAGACCAAAUGUACUAUCAAGUUAGCGAGAAAGACACGCUGAUCAAUCAGGUAAACAACCAGCUGAACUCGAAGGAGGAGGAGUUCCGGAAUCUCUUCGGGACCCUCGCGCACAAGCAGACGGAAGUGAGGAGGCAGGAGCACGUCAUCAAGUUGCUGAAGGAGCAGAACUCACGGGUAUCCUUGUUGCGAGCCACCCAGGACGAGCGGAAUGCCUCGAUGGAGGAGGAGAUCAAAAACCUCAAGAACACCCUCCGUGAUUAUGCCAGAGUAAUUAUUGGCAAUAAUGGUCAGCAUUUUUUUGAAGUUGUGCCAGCUGGCGAAGUGGAGGGCACUAGAAGCGGUGGCCACCGCGAGCGAGUGGACUCUUCCUGCGAGUUUCUGCAGCACUCCCAUCUGCAAGAGCCGGAGAUGUCCCCACCACGUGCCCGCAUCUUUGAGCCACUGCAGCAUCAGCUGUUCCCCCACGAACCACCAUGCCCCAUUCCGCGGCGUAAUUCCCCCCGGCAUUUAAUCCGCUCGCGCUAUCAACUGCAACAUCCGCGUCUCCGUGCCACGAGUCCUCAAAGUGAAGCGACUCCCCAACCACCCCAGCCUCCUCAGCGAUUGCGGCGACACCAGCGAUCCCGAGACCAGCACUAGAGAACCGAUUGGAACUACCAGAACCACAGGAAACCCGAACCCCGAAGGAGAACGCGCAGCAUGGAAAUUCUAAGAUGCACAAACCAAAUUUAUUGUAAUCGUUGGCCAAUGGCACCCACAUCGUUUGUACCCACACCCACAGUAGUAAGAAGUAAUUGCAGAAA